GCCGGAACUGGAAUUACACCGAUGACAAAAAGAAUGAUUCCUGACGUGUGGUAUUUGUGAUUCAAAACCGUGACGUCACAGAACACCUUGAUAUUUGCAAUUUGAGCGACCGACGUGAGCACCAGCGGUGCUUUUGUUCAAUUUACAAACGCCACCGGGAGUCGAGUGUUUGGGGAAACGUGACUUGACGAGCCGCACCUGAACGCAGCACAGCCGCAAUCUGGCGCUGCCGUUGAACAUUUGGAAAUAGCGAACAUUAAUAAAAGUGUGAAAUAAACAUGGCGAACGUGGCGGAGGAAAUAGCCGAGCUUUUAGACACCGACAAGCUGUAUCUGACUCAAAUUCGCCACUUGGAGGAUGAGCUGGAUAAGUGCCAGGCCAAGUGCACGGACCUGGAGACCCAGGUUCUGGAUCUGAUGCUGGAGCAGCGGGCGCUGAGGAAGGACAAGGACGACGUGACCAGGUAUCUGAAGCGGGCGCUGGACACCAAGGACAAGAAGGUGGAGAUGCUGAUGGAGCAGGUGGAGAGGCAGCAGGAGGUGGCCGAGCAGGACAAGGAGACCAUGGAGCAGCUCAACAAGCAGCUGGAGCAGCUGGAGGAUCGCAUCACGCACCUCAACGCCGAGAUCGACGCGCAAGCUGGACAGUUGGAGACGCAGGCGGGACAGCUGGUGGCUCUGGAGGAGAAGCUGGUCCAGCAGAAGAAGCAGCAGGAGAACGCCAUGCAGAAGCUCAAGGAGGAGGCCCAGAGAGACAAGACAAACAUGAUCGCCGAGACGAUGAAGAACAUGGAGGUGGUGUUCGAGGACAAGAUGUGCAAGAUGCUGGAGGAGGAGAGGACUCAGAACAGCAAGAAGCUGAAGCAGCUGCAGAUGAUGCUGCUGGAGAACACCACGCUGUGGCAGGAGAAGGACGUCAUGGCCAAGAGGGAGCUGGAGCUCAGCUGCGAGGUGAGCCGCCUGGAGGACGAGCUCACCAAGAAGCCUCGCAGGAAGCUCAUCCGUAGGAAGUGAGCGGAGAGGACGGCCAUUUCACGUGGAACCUCGGGUCUUCCAUGCGGCUCCUUGGAGAUCAACUGCAGUGGCUUCUUUUGUCCACAGUGGCCGCUAAUGAGCAAACGUUUGACUCUUGUGUGUCCUUAUCACGGGUUCAGAGGUUGAUACACUCGGGGGGGGCAUCCGGAUUUGAACCAGAGACCUAUCGAUCUGCAGUCAAACACACCUCCAUGAAGACAAACAUCAGCUGACUCGUCACAUGAUGUGCUCACCAGUUAUUCCUCCCCUUUAAUUCCCUGGAGGACAUGACUAUUUCCUCAGUUUUCAGUGCAUGCCAGGACACUUUGUCCUCUCUGACUGUGGGUGUGUUGUGUUGUGUGUGUGUGUGGGGGCGUGUGCAACACUGAUGUUUUUGUUAAAGAAAUGGGUCAAAGGUUGCUUUCCCAACACUGAUUUUAAACAAAACCGGGUUUUAUUUGUUUUUCACAUUCACGUCACAACAAACCGCAUGCCAUGGUGAAGAGUAAUACUCACGCCGGGCCGGUAGGUGGCGACGUGCCUUUGUGUAGAAACGCUAUUCCUCGUUGUAGCGGUUCUAACAAUAACACUUUGAAACGGACGACAUUUUAUUGUGGCGGUUUUGAUAAGCCAAUUAGCUGUAGAAAUAGUUAGAGCAACGAGUAAUCGUACAAACUUAUAUGUUUACAUGUGUUUUGUCACCGAAGACUUGCCGUACAUUCUAAGAUGGCGGCGUUGCUGCCGUAACCAAAACAACAAACGAGAUACAAUACUAAUAUAAGCAAUUUGGUUUCAAUUUCACCCAGAAAUGGCAACUAAAGGACUAAAUCAGGUACAUGGAUACUCAGGCACACUGACUUGUUUAGUCGUUUAGACGUGUUUAGUCUUUGAAGGCGAACGUACAUUUCAGAUAAUGGCGGCGUUGCAGUUUAGCUAGUUGGUAGUGGGGCGUUUGAAAGUCACGUGACCCCCGGAACUACAGGUGCUCUAUUAAAUGACGAUCAAGAUUUAGAGUCAAGUCACGCGAGCGUCACGUGAGGUUUUUUUUUUUUUUUUAAAAAGGAACUCUUCAGAAGAGAUCCCGCUCAACAGUGUUGGACUGGUCUAGUAGGCGGGGC